UCCACCAGGAGCCACCUUAACCACCAUCAUGGGCAAGAUCAUUUUCUACGAUGAGAGGAACUUCCAGGGUCGCUCCUAUGAGUGCAUGAGCGACUGCGCCGACAUAACCUCUUACCUGAGCAGGUGCCAAUCCUGCAGAGUGGAGAGUGGCUGCUUCAUGGUCUAUGAACGCUCCAACUACAUGGGCAUGCAGUUCUUCCUGAGGAGGGGCGAGUAUCGUGACAUGCAGCGAAUGAUGAGCAUUGGAAUGGCGUUUGAUUCCAUCAGGUCCUGCAGAAUGAUCCCCCAUCACAGGGGUCAGUUCAGGAUGAGGAUUUAUGAGAGGGAGAACUUUGUAGGUCAGAUGUACGAGCUGAGUGAAGACUGCGACUCCAUCAUGGACCGUUACCGCAUGUCUGACUGCAUGUCCUGCAACGUGAUGGACGGCCACUGGCUGAUGUACGAGCAGCCCCACUACAGAGGCAGGAUGAUGUACAUGAGGCCCGGAGAGUACAGGAGCUUCAGGGACAUGGGCUUCAGCGGCAUGAGGUUCAUGAGCAUGAGGCGCAUCAUGGACAUGUGCUAGACAUUUGUGUUUAAC